AUGACAUUAGACCAUAAUGCUACUACACCAGAUGUACAAUCGUGGUUUAUUCCUAUUGACAUUUUGAAUGUGAUAUGGUGUACCAUUUCUAUUAUACUUGCUUUAAUCUUUUUAUUUGUUAUUAUUUCUGAUAAACUAUAUCAAAAAGUUGCAAUGAUACUUAUUACAAAUUCAUGUUUAGCUGAACUUCUAUUUGGUGUUGAUUUGUUGGCUGUUACUAUCUUUACAUUCCACAAUGAUCUUAAACAAAUUUACUUCUACAAUUCAUUAUGUCUUUUUAUACGUUAUCUUGGUUAUAUGUUAGUUGCAAUACAAAAUUAUUCUUAUCUAUUACAAGCGAUCUAUCGAUAUAUCUUAAUUGUUUAUCCAUCACGAUUAUUUUAUCAAUCAAUUAAAUUUCAAACUUGUCUCAUUAGUUUAACAUGGAUUUGUUGUAUUAUCUAUCCGAUUCUAUUAGUAUUUACUGGUCAAAUAAAAUAUCUUACUGAUGAUCAAAUAUAUGAAAUGCCUCUCGAACUUUCAUUUCUAACGAUAUUUAAUGCAUGUUAUAUUUAUAUAUUUCCUAUGCAAGGUAUUAUAUUAAUCUAUUUAAAAAUGGUUCGUUGUGUACAUGAAAUGAGUAAACACGUUAUUUCAGUUAAUAGAUUAUUUCAUGUUCAACGAGAAUUAAAAAUGAUUCGACGUAUAGUUUUACUUCUAUUUAUUGUAGUAGCGCUUGAUUUUCCUUAUCAAACCUUCAUUAUUAUGUCAUUUUUUAAUGCUGCACCUAAAUAUCAUUUUCGUAUUGCUUUUUCAUUUAUCAAUGUAUCGUUGAUAUUUGUGUUGAUUGCUAUUUUAGAAAUUACAGAACCAUUGAAAACUUCAUUAAUGAAAAGAAUAAAACGUCGACCAACAAAUAUUAUAGGAACAGUAUCGUGA